AUGGGUGAUGAACCAGAGAGGUGCGGAACCAGCUUCCUCAGCACAUUCAGUGUGCUUCCGGACCGCUCUGCAACCCUCUCAGGACACAUUAGACUCUGGUUCUUGGCCUUUGCUGUCCUUGUGGUCCUGGCUCAGACUUCCCCAGAUGGAUGGGUCAAAAGGUGUUCUUAUGGAUUGGGCAGAUGCAGAAAGUCAUGCAACAGUGAUGAGAAGAAGAAAGAAAAUUGUGGGGAACGUUAUAUUUGCUGCAUAAUGAAAAAAUCUAAACUAUCACACUUUUCCAAGGAAAAAUGA